AUGACCUCGUGCCUGAGCUCUGGGUUGAUUGGAGGAGGCAUUGUGCUUGUCACGGGUGCACUGCGACAGGCAUUGUUCAUUGGGAGAUACCCUCCACCGCCACCACCGUCGAGAUGGCUGUCUGACCUCCGCGCACGCAUAGGGAAAUGCAUCAUAUUCGGCUGCUCGCCGGCGCAGGUCGCCGAUGCCGGCAAGGUUCUGGGCGCGCUGGCGGCGGAGUGGAGGGCGCUGGUGGCGGGGAGCGAGGGGUUUCUGACGGGUGGGAGAAGGGGCUUGGAGGGGCAGCAGGUUGUUUGGGGAGAGCAGGACAGCUUUCAACACGUCAACAACGUAACCUACAUCCGCUACGCCGAGUCCUCCCGCGUCAAUUGGGCGACUAACUUCGCCGUCCGCGUCGACCCGGCCCACCGGCGCCAGUGGGCGGGCCUGAUGACCCCUGACGGCAUCGGCCUCAUCAUGAAGAGCAUCAAGGCCGACUUCAAGUUUCCCCUCACCUAUCCAGACCGCAUCUCCGUCUACCACAAGCUGCGCCACCCGCCUUUGUCGUCAUCGUCGUCCCUGGUGCUGGACGCCGUGGUGCUCUCGCACAAGCACAGGCGGGUCGCGGCGCGCAUCGAGGAGGACGUCGUCAUCUACGACUACGAGGCUGCAGGCAAGACGGCGAUGCCGACGUUCAUGCGGGAUGUGCUGGAGGAGACGUUUGCCAGUCAGGAGGCGGAGCGGGCGAGGGUGACGAGGCGGAUCUGGGAGCUGAUCGGCGCCGUGGAGAGGCUCGAGAAGGCGACGUGGGACAGACCAGAUGCGAAGGAGGAUCUGGGCGCAGCCGGGGGAGCGAAAUGA